GCCUCAGCGGCGCGGGCAGCCAGCAGGAGCGGGGCGCUCGGCGGGAGCUCGGCGGCGGCGACGGGGCGGCAGCGGCGGGGAGGCCGAGGCAGCCGCAGCAGGGAUGAGGGGAGACUCCUACUUGUUUGGAAUGCGAGGCCUCGGGCACUAUGGCUGCAUCCCAGAGGAUGGAGGACAGUUCUUACUCUACUCUAUAAACGGAGACAGCGAUUUAAAGAGAUGUUUUACAGAAGAAGAUUUUCAUGAAAUAAUUGACUUCAACGACCUCCCGAAUUCUCUCUUUGCUUGUAAUGUUCACCAGUCUGUGUUUGAAAGCGUGGACAGUAAGGAAAAAUUUGAAGGCCUGUUCCGUGCCUACGAUGACUGCGUGACAUUCCAGCUGUUCAAGAGCUUCAGACGUGUGCGGAUAAAUUUUAGUAGUCCCAAAUCAGCUGCUCGUGCCAGAAUAGAGCUGCAUGAAACACAGUUCAGAGGAAAGAAGUUAAAGCUGUAUUUCGCGCAGAUUCAGACCUCUGAGACAGAUGGAGACAAGCUUCAUUUGGCUCCACCACAGCCUGCAAAACAGUUUCUCAUCUCGCCUCCAGCCUCCCCACCUGUAGGGUGGCAGCCCAUAGACGAUGCAACACCUGUCAUCAACUACGACCUCCUUUAUGCAGUUUCUAAGCUAGGACCAGGAGAGAAAUACGAGCUACAUGCAGGAACAGAGUCCACCCCCAGCGUGGUAGUGCACGUCUGCGACAGUGACAUGGAAGAUGAUGAGGACCCAAAGAAUUCUCCAAAGCCAAAAAUCAUUCAAACUCGGCGCCCUGGCCUCCCACCUCCUGUAUCUAACUGAGCCUCCUGGCAGCAGCAGCCCUUCUCUCCUCCAGCUCAGCUCUUGGGUUUUUUGUUUGCUUUCUUUUUCUUUUCUUCUUUUUUUUUUUUUUAUUUUCCAAGGCAGACAUUGCCUUUUGAGUACCAGGACAAUACGCUCAUUGAAAUCCCUGUGCAGUAAUCAAGCCUAUGUAACAAAAGGGCUAGGAAAAAAAAAAAGAUCUUUGUAAUACAUAACCAUAUCACACACCAACUAAUAGAUUUGCUGGGAAGGACAAAGCAAGGCUGAAGCAGGGAGGGUUUCAGGCUGAGGUUCUGCACAGCUGUAAUUUGCAUGCUGAGACACCACCAGAGAGAUCCUUCACGGUGGGUGAUGAGGCUGAUAGCAGGCUUGAGAUGCAGACGCCCAGAACACUUGCUAUGCCCUUCAUCAAGGAGCCUCUUUCUCUGCCCUCGGUUCCCUGCACACCUCAGUCUUUUCCUUUCCUCCUUGUCUUUAAGGGGAAGGGCGUGCAUCGUUUUUAACCUCCUAGCAGCUCGGUGGCCUUGUCACCCCUCUGGAAUUUUCUCUAAGGCACACUAUUCCUGCAGCCUUCUUAGGAAACAACAGGAAAAUGCCCUCUUCAGCAGCACUGUGAGCUGGGCCCUCAUUGGAGAUGGGUGGGCUGAGGGGAGAGGCAGCAGCGUGCUGAGGCAUUCCGUGUGCGUCAGCCGUCUGAGCGAGGAGCAGAGACACUGAGCACCAGGACUGUCAUUCUGUCUCCCAUGAAGGUAGGAGUGGUUCCUCUCUCUGAGCGUGAGGAAGGAGAGGCUGUCUGCUCGUUGCUCUGUGUCGCUGCUCCCAGGUCUUGCAGGGAUGGAGGCUGAAUGUUUUCCUGGCGCUGUGUUGAGCCGCCCUGAAUCUCACUGAUGACAUCCCUAAGAACCAGUUCUUUUCUCCCCCCUUUUCCCGUGCUUUAAAGCCCUCCUUGAGCUGUAUGCAGUUUGGGUUUGUGGAGGUGAGGAGAUGUUAGUUGGUGUUCUUUCGUUGGGUUUUUUCUUACUUUAUUUUUUUAGGCCAAAGAAAACAGGACCAUAACGACACACUUGAAAUUAGACUGCAUGCAACCGAGUCCCCUUGUUUCACUCUGUCCCGCAUGUUUCUUUCACUUGCAGUUUAUCCUGGGUUACAGAAGCUGUUCUGUGUGUCACCGUGGCUGCCAGCAGGCACAUGCUGGGCUCCCUGCCUGCCACACCUUCCAUGAUGGCUUUUUCCAUGCGUGUUUGUCACGUUGAGGAGAUAUUUUCGAGCCAUUUGAGCUCAGAUUUUGCAUACACUUAAGCAUGCGCUUAAUUUAUGCACACGAGUAGUUCCACUGGAAUUAAUACUGCGGAAAAUCGAGCACAUGUGUAAGAUCCAGUGGGCUUUUUGAGCUGAUGAGCUGCAGCUGUACUCCCAAAAACGCCCAUGAAGCGGCGCAGUGAGAUCCCAUGGUUUGAAAUCCUUCACACAUUGAAAGAAGCGUGUAAGUCCUGGAAGCUCAUUGCAGGAUCUGAAGUCAGCUUAGGCUGUGCAGUCAGACUUCUCCUAACGCCAAACGUUCAGCUGUCCGAGGGAGGGCUCCGUCCCACCCUGACUGAGCAGACAGGCUGCAAACUGCACGAAGGGCGGCUCAGCCCUGAGCUGUGGGCUCUGCGGGGCUUCCAGGCAGGAGAGCAGGUCGUGCUGCCGUCCUCGUGGGUGGAGAGGGCGUCUUCAGAAGGAAGAACUCACCAUCCUCAUCCACUUCGUUCUCUGACCGCCACAGCGCCUCGAUGUUCCUGUUGAACUUAGUGCUUAACGUAGUGUGUAUCUAUAGCGUGGUAACCGUCAGUACUCUAUGGCCAUCAUCGUGUGUGUUACACUCAUAGAAGCACGUUGAAUGCAGCAGCAGAGCCUGAACAAAAAAUGGGACGUUAGUAUCUUCGUGUCAGAGUAAAGUUGUCUUAAAGUCACUCCUCAGAGGCGUCGCUCCGAUUAUUCCUUUAGAGCUGACUGAAAUAAACACUGUUACUCACCGCCCCGGGACUCCGAUCUGCUGCUCCUAUGGAAGGUACCGCCAGGGGCCACCCGUGGCAUUUCGGGAGGAACAACACUGUUAUGAGAACAGAUUUCGGACCUCUGGUUCCAUACCAGCACAGACAGGGAGGGCGAGAUGUGAGUGCUGGAGGUUUGGUGGCUGUAUGGAAGGAAUUGGAGGUCUGGCCCAGCUGGUGGCUCAGCGCCACGCGCUCAUUCCCUUUCCUGUGCGAUGGGGAGAGAAUGGGGAAAACAAACCAAGCACAACUCGUGGGCUGAGAUAAAGGCACUUACUGAGACAGAGCAAAGGAAACCAGAUAUGACUGUGCACAUACGUAUGAAUGUGUGUAACGGGGUGCACCAGGAGUUGCCACCCUCAGUGAUGCCCGACUCACCCCCAGCAGUGCAAGAGAGCGAGAUGAGCUCCCACCCUCUCCCAAACUCCUUUCACGUGGUGUCAUAUGGGACGGAAUGCCUUUGGCCACUCUGAGUCAGCUGUCCUCACUCUGUUCCCUCCCUGCUCUUUGGGCUCUUUGCUGUGGGCAGCCUCAGCUCUGUGCAGCACCGUUAGCAGCAGCUGUAACCAUCGGGGUGUUGCCAGCAUCUCCAGGACCAAAACACAGCAUCAUACCCGGCACUCUGAAGAAAACGGUUCCAUCCCUGCUGAAACCACGGCGUGCCUGCAUCCCCAGCCGGGUCAGCCAUCAGAGAUCUUCCCAGAGCUGAUGCUUCAGAUUCUUUACGCCUAAAAAGGUCAGAGGCUGAAUUUUGUCAUGAUGUCCACCUGCCCAAAGCUGGGAGAGAUUUGGUUGUGAGUGAAGGAAAUUGGCCUCCAGUGACAUCAAUCUGUCCUGCUUUGGGUCUGAAGCCUUCUUUCCUGGAAGUGCACGUACAGACAGGUGGAAGAGCGGCUCCAAUGCAGUGACAGCUCUUCAUUAACUCUGUAGUGCUCACCCAGGGGAGGGUGGAACGCGGUUCUGUUCAUUAAAGCCUGGAAGGAGAAAUGCGGUUCCAAGCCUGUUGUAUCUGUGCUCAGCAUCCGUCCCACUUCCAUCCGGUCAUCAGAGAUCAGCUGUGUGGGUGUUUGGGAGCGACAGCAGGGCAGCGCUACCAACACGAAGGGCAUCUGUGGGAGCUGCUGCUGCUCUGUGGCACAGCCCGAGUCUGUGUGCAAUGUGCUGCGGCCCUCUGCUGGGUGGGCGCACUGCGAGCUGCACGCUGCUGUCGGCACAGCGUUACGGCGCGGCGGGGAACAGCACCUCGCAGUCCGCUUUAUUUCAAGUCGAAAGAAUGGGGAAUUUCUGUGGCCUUGAUUUUUGUACUACAGCUAAAGCAGCCCCCCUCUUCUCAGUGUGGGCGUACACACAUGCAUGCACAUCCAGCAUCCAGGCUGGCUGUGGCUCUGGGCAGCCUGGGCUGCUGGUUGGCGACUCUGCACACAGCAGGGGGUUGGGACUGAGUGAGCACUGUGGGCCUUUGCAGCCCAGGCCGUUCUGUGGUUCUGUGGUUGUUUUCAGCAAGAAAUGACAGCGGGAGCAUCCCUUCCUGUAAGGAGAGUGCAGACACAGUCAGUGUAAACUGCUUGAUGUCAUUGCAGACCAUUCCUACCAUUCACCAGCUCACACGUGGCGCAGAUGGAAGGUGGUUUUGUCCUGGGGUCCCCCAGCAGCAGGAAAGGACCUUCUGCCAAAGGACUGUUGGUUCUGUGCACAGCACUGCUGAGCUGCAGGGACGGAGCACGGUAGCUUUGCCAUCACACUGUACAUACUUUGGAGAUAUUCUAUUUAGUCAUAUUUUAUAGGAGUGUGAAAAAGCUAUGGGCUAAUUGACCACUUUUACACUUGUAUAAUUCAGAGCUUAGUUUAAAAAAAAUAAAUAUGGCAAACGA